CUUACAGUAGUUUUUAAGCUUUGCUCCAGACUCGUUACAAAUACAAAAUACCAGACUCACUCUGCGGAUCUCGCAGAUCUGAGUAAAGACACCAAACUUUCUCCCUCCUUAAAACCACCCACCCUCCGAUCACCAUUUCUCCCGACUCCCCUUUUCCAACCUUACCCUCAAAUACCCACAAAUUCCUCAUUACCAAAUUCUCUUCAAAAGAUUCACUUCGAUUCAACCAUUUCUGCAUUUCUAUCCGGUAAGCAACUAGAAUAAAAUGGAGAAGUCCUGUUCUUUGCUGAUACACUUUGAUAAGGGGACACCAGCUCUUGUCAAUGAGAUCAAGGAAGCCCUCGAAGGGAAUGAUGUUCCUGCCAAGGUUGAUGCUAUGAAGAAGGCCGUCAUGCUUUUGUUGAAUGGUGAAACACUACCCCAGCUAUUUAUUACUAUUAUUAGAUAUGUCUUGCCCUCUGAGGAUCACACGAUUCAAAAGCUGCUGCUUCUGUAUCUGGAGACUAUUGAGAAGACCGAUUCUAAGGGGAGCAUGCUGCCUGAAAUGGUCCUAAUUUGUCAGAACUUGAGGAAUAACUUGCAGCAUCCAAAUGAGUACAUUCGUGGAGUUACUUUGAGAUUCCUUUGUCGGCUGAAUGAGGUUGAUAUAAUUGAACCUUUGUUUCCAUCUAUUAUGAGCAACUUGGA